AUGGAUAUACCGAUUCAAGCAACGGACUCCAACUCCACAGAUAACAAUGCCAAUUCAAACAAGAACAAUACGUCGCAAUACAAGAAAUGGUCGGAACCGGCGGUCUAUUCACUCCUCGUCCUCACCGGCCAGUCAGCAGCGACGCUUCUUGGCAGAUUAUACUACGAAAAAGGCGGCAAAUCCAAAUACAUGGCGGCGCUGGUGCAGACUGCCGGCUUCCCACUACUUGUCCCUUUCAUCUUCAUCAUCAAAUCAAGAAACAAACAAACCUCGGAUCGUUCCUCCGAUCACGUUCUAGCGCUCCCCGCUCUAUACGCGUGUUUCGGCACUUUUCUUGCAUUCAUUUGCAUGUUAUAUUCCGUCGGCCUCAUGUAUCUCCCUCUCUCAACCUUCUCCCUCAUCUGCGCCACCCAGCUCGGAUUCAACGCCCUCUUCUCUAACCUCAUCAACGCUCAGAAACUCAGCCCCACAGCUAUCAAUUCCGUGUUCCUCCUCACACUCUCCUCGGUCCUCCUCGCCCUGCAGCCGGGCGCGGCCUUGGCGGCGCCCGGAGGUAAGUACGUGGCGGGGUUCGCGUGCACGCUGGGCGGCGCGGCAGCGUACGCACUGGUGCAGUCAGCCGAGCAGCUGGCGUACGGGAAGGUGUUGAGGCGGCAGACGGUGAAGGAGAUCAUGGACGUGAUUUUCUACGAGUCGAUGGUGGCGAGUUUGGUGCUCGUGUUGGGGCUUUUCGGGAGCGGGGAGUGGUGGCAGCUGAAGGGGGAGGUUGAGGGGUUUGAAAUGGGGAAGGCGGGGUACGCGGCGGUGGUGGUGGGUUCGGCGGCGGCGUGGCAGGUGUUUGGGGUGGGGAUGGUGGCUUUGAUUAUCAAGAUCUCGGCUGUGUUCGGGAAUGUGGUGAGCGCUGUGGGUGUGGGCGUCGUGCCGGUUGUUGCGGUCGUGGUUUUCAAGGAUGAGAUGAGUGGUGUCAAGGUUGUGGCUUUGUUGUUGGCUCUGUGGGGUUCGCUGUCUUAUGUUUAUCACCAUUUUCUUGUUCAUCAUCAUCCCACCCAAAAUGGACAUGUGGAUCCGCCGCCGGAAACCUGUACCUCCGCCGAUUCUUAG